AUCAGAAAUCAAUAUUCAAUAGGUGGGAUUGUAACUUAACCUAUUAUAGGCUGCACAUUGAAUCACGCUGAAUUUAUUUAUAUCAUAUUUAUGUUGCAAGUUGUAUUUUAUCAACGUUUUGAUUAAUUACGUUUGGCGUAUAACAACAAUUUUGACAUAAUGGCUAAAGCACAUACCACUAAUAAAGCCCCGCGAAAGCAGGGCUUUAAGCGUUCAGGACACAGUAUGAAUCCUGAACGUCCUACAGAAGGAUUGAAAGGAGUUGCUAAAGUACGAACGAAAGCAACUAUUAAAAGAUUACAGAUGUAUCGUAAUCAGAGACCGAAACGCAAUCGUGCUGGAAAGAUCAUUAGCCCUGCGCCGUUUCAAGGCUGGAACACUUCUGGAACUACAUCGCGUGUGGAGCCAUCCCAAAGAUGGUUUGGUAAUUCACGAGUCAUCUCACAGAAUGCUUUGCAAAAAUUCCAGAAUGAAUUAGGAACUGCCAUGAAAGAUCCUUAUAAAGUUGUCAUGAAACCUACUCAAUUGCCUAUAACUUUGCUUCAGCAAAAGGCGGCAAACGCAAGAGUACAUUUAUUGGAUACAGAAAGUUUUGAAAAUGUUUUUGGUCCAAAGAAGAUUAGAAAAAGACCGAAUUUGGCAGCAACGUCGUACAAUGAAUUGAAGAAAUUGGCUGAGGACAGGGAAGAUACUUAUAACAAGGAGAAAGACUCCAAAGACUACGACCUUGUCCGUGAGGACACUGGCGUAAAGGAUGCACAAAGAGAUUGGAUCAUGUCGGCAGGACAAAGCAAAAGAAUAUGGAACGAGUUGUACAAAGUCAUUGACUCCUCCGAUGUUAUUUUACAGAUAUUGGAUGCGAGGGAUCCGAUGGGAACUAGGUCUCCACCUGUGGAAAAAUAUCUGAAAACCGAGAAACCUUACAAACAUUUAAUAUUUAUCUUAAAUAAAGUAGAUCUAGUGCCAACGUGGGUCACGCAAAGAUGGGUUGCCAUUCUGAGCAAAGAAUAUCCAACGGUUGCUUUUCACGCCUCCUUAACACAUCCUUUUGGCAAAGGUUCUCUGAUAAAUCUACUAAGGCAAUUUGCAAAAUUACACGUUGAUAAAAAACAGAUCAGUGUUGGUUUCAUAGGGUAUCCUAAUACAGGAAAGAGUUCCAUCAUAAACACCUUGCGUUCCAAAAAGGUCUGUAAAGUGGCGCCUAUAGCUGGAGAAACAAAAGUGUGGCAGUACAUAACUCUUAUGCGCCGUAUUUAUUUGAUAGAUUGUCCCGGUGUCGUUUAUCCAUCGACGGAAACCGACACCGAGAAGGUAUUGAAGGGAGUAGUGAGAGUAGAACUCGUUCAGAAUCCAGAAGAUUACAUCAUCUCUGUCUUAGAAAGAGUGAAACCUGAGUACAUUCGUAAGACAUACAAAAUAAACGUAUGGAUAGAUCAUGUUGAUUUUUUGGAAAAAUUGGCGCGUCGAAGCGGCAAGCUUUUAAAGAAAGGAGAACCUGACAUUGCAAUUGCUGCACGUAUGAUACUCAAUGACUGGCAACGUGGUAAACUGCCUUUUUAUGUUGUACCUGUGGGCUAUGAGGAACCUUUAUCAAAUCAAACAGCUAAUACCAAUGAAACUGUUAUCACACAAGAUAAUGUGUUAAAAAUCAGCGAUAAUAAAGAAGCACGAGAAAUUAAUCUACUUUCAAAAGAGAUAAUAAAGAAUCAGCUGACAGUGACACAAGAUUUUAGAAAAAUACGCGUUGGAUUGCCUUAUUCUGAUGACGAUGUCAAGACUCUAGAGCAGAAUAAAUCUUUCAGUGAAAGUAUCGUAGAGGAUGAUAGCAGUGUGGAAAGUGAAUCGGAAUUGGAAAACUUGGAAUCAGAAGAUGCGAAUACAAAAAAUGACUCAUGUACCGUAGAAGAUAAAUCUGAUUUACAAGUAAUAGAAAAUUUAGAUGAUCGAGACAGUGUGAACGAUUCUUCGAAUAAUGAUAACGUUCUCAAUGAUAACGCAGAUAAAAAAUUUGAUUCAUAUUAUGAUAUGAAUCAAAGCAAUGAGUAUUCAGAUUCAGAAUUCUUGCCUAUCGCACAAGAUAAUCUGAAACAGAGUGUAUUCGAUGUCAUAGACAAUGAAUAUGAUUCCAGCGAUACUGAAAUGCUUCCUUCUAAAACAGUUUCAAGUAAUGAUAUGCAAAGUAUCUCAUCAAUGUCUCGUAAAAAAACAAAAGGAUUAACAAGCAAACAGCGAAGAGCUAUAGAACGCGCUAGUAAAAGAAAAAAGAUCGGAAGCAAUUUCUACGAAGUCACAAAUGUGAAGAACAGGAAUAAAAAUAGGAAAGUACCCAAGGUCAAGAGAAAAUAAAUCUAUUUUAA